CAAAUAAUAAACCGUAAUUUUGGAAUUCGUAUGCUUGCCUGAUUGGCGAUUGCUUCCUUCAUCUUCACGAGCCUCCUCUCUCCCGUCCCCAAUUCCAAAAUCGCGUCUGUGUUCUCAAUAAUCCGCAGGCACAGACUAUAGCCGCUGAGCUUGCAAAUUAAUGCACCAAAAUUGAAAUUUUGCUGGAAUAGAGAGAUAGAGAAGAUAAUGGAUCCUCCUACCUCCUGGGACUCCUUGCGAAAACAGGCGAGGAAGAUUGAGGCUCAGCUGGAUGAGCAGAUGCAUUUAUACCGUAAAUUAGUUUCCACAAAAGUUGAUAAUUCUAGUGAUAAUGAUGUGGAGUCUGGAAUCGAUGAGCUAUUGAAACAGCUUCAACAAUUAAACAUGCAAAUGCAAGCUUGGGUUUCAUCUGGAGGAUCAGAAAUCUUUUCUCAUACACUGACUCGACAUCAGGAGAUUCUUCAGGAUCUUACCCAGGAGUUUAAUCGACUUAAUUCCAGUCACAGAGCCAAGAAAGAGCAUGCGUCACUGCUUGAGGAUUUUAGGGAGUUUGAUCGUACAAGAUUAGACCUCGAAGAUGGUGGUGGUUCCUAUGAACAGUCCCUUCUCAAGGAGCGUGCUUCCAUCCAUAGAAGUACUGGCCAGAUGGACUCUGUGAUAUCACAAGCACAAGAGACCUUAAAGUCCCUUGUAUUCCAACGUUCCACGUUUGGGGGUAUCAAUUCGAAGCUUAGUAAUGUCAGCAGCCGUCUUCCCACGGUGAAUCAUAUACUCUCGGCAAUAAAGAAGAAAAAGUCGAUGGACACCAUCAUACUUUCAUUGGUUGCAUCUGUGUGCACGUUUCUAAUUUUAAUAUACUGGUGGACUAAGUAGGUAGUCUUCGCAAUUAUCUUGGUGGAGGGAAUUGUUUUGUACAUACCUUAUUGGGUUGCCUCUGGAUUUUGUAGUUCUCUUAUGUUUGUAAUGGAAUGUUUACAUAUUUGUCUCUCACUGCCCUUGAAGUUAUAGAAAGCAAGAUCCUUAUUUGUAUACUGUAUUGUCAAAACUUCACUUUUGAGUUAUGAGAUUCUACGUGUUUCAGGGUGAAACAUUGUUUUGUUUGUACGCAAAUUUGAACAUCAGUCAAUAACUCGAUAUGUGAGAUUAUUCGUGCGUUUUCCUUC